UCCCCCAUUCACCCUCCCUAGGCACAUCCCAGAGCACCCACGCUGAGUGGCAAGGCGGUCCGGCGACGUCAAGGUCUUGCGGGGGACACUUCGCCGCCUCCCCACGCGAGAGAGCUCGCCUCGCCAAGCCCUCCCGACGGCGAUCCUUCCCAGCGGAGAGAGAGCCUCAACUUGAGAGCGGUCGGCAACCUGAAGUGAGACCAGCAGAGGUGGUGGGAAAGAGCAACAGGGCCAGCGGAAGAACUGAGAAGAAAAGUGGGGACGAGGGGACCAAGACGGGUCGUUCUCUCCUGGGAAACAUCAAGCGGACUGGCAAGCCACCUACCCCCCGGCGGCAGAGCUGGGCCCCCCUACCCAGCCCAUGGAGCCGCCGGGAUCUGGGUUGGGGGGCGCCGCCAUGCUCACUGUCAUGGAUCCUUCAGUCACUCUGUGGCAGUUUCUUCUGCAAUUGCUGGAACAGCAGAGCAAUGGACAUCUGAUUGCAUGGACAUCCAAUGAUGGGGAGUUCAAGCUGGUGGAUGCAGAAGAGGUUGCGCGACUCUGGGGUCUGCGGAAGAACAAAACCAACAUGAAUUAUGACAAGCUGAGCCGGGCCCUGCGUUACUACUAUGACAAAAAUAUCAUCCGUAAAGUCAGUGGUCAGAAAUUUGUCUACAAGUUUGUCUCUUACCCGGAACUUUCGAGCAUAGAAGGCACGAAGGAUGAGGCAGGUACCAAAAAAACUGAGCAGGUCCCAGGUGAGGCCAAAGGGGGUGAAGGAGCUUUUGGUACCUCCAAAGCUCCACGAGGAGGUGGAGGUGCCCCACGUAGCAGUCGAAAUGAAUACAUGCGUUCCGGACUGUACUCCACUUUCACCAUUCAGUCACUACAGAACCCUUCACCCAUUGGACGGCCCUCACGCCAGGAGACAGAGAUCUUACCUGUGGUGCCUCCUCUUGCUGCUGCUCCCGAGCCAAUGGCCCCCUUUUCCAUGACCCCAGUGGAAGACCUUCCACAACUCCAUAUAAGCAUUGAAGAACCGGAGGAGUCUAAAGAGUCCCUACAGGUCAUAGUGGAGCCUAUUCCAUUGGAGACUCAUGACCUUGAUGAGAAGGUGCUAGUGAAAGUGGAGGAGAACCUGGAUCUUGACGAAGAAGCAGCUGCUCUGAUGGUUUUAAUGGAUGGCGGAGUGAAGGAAGAGACAGCUCCUCCUGAGAAGUCUUCUCCGGAGAAGGAAUCUAUGGAGGCCGACCUGCAACAAGACGGAGAUAGGCUACUGAAGAAGGAAGGCCAGUUAUCUCCCAGCCUGGUGUCUGUUUCUCUUGAGGGACAGCCACAGAAGGGGAAGAAGCCUAAAGUCUUGGAGCUUCCUUCAUUGCCAACUCAAGAGAAAGUGAAUGCAGCUGUUAACAGCCUCCUGGCACCAGGCGGGACGGGAAGCACCUUGACACCAACCACAGUUAUUUCCUCCCAUGCACUGACUCCAGUACUGCUCACCCCAAGUUCCUUGCCACCCACCAUCCAUUUCUGGAGUACCCUGAGCCCCAUUGCACCACGUAGCCCAGCCAAGCUUUCCUUCCAGUUUCCCAGUAAUUCUAGCUCACAGGUUCACAUCCCGUCACUCAGUGUGGAUGGACUCUCCACUCCUGUAGUCCUUUCUCCUGGUCCCCAGAAGCCAUAAUCUUUCCUCUGCAUCACCAUAUCCUCUACUCCUGCCAAAGAACUGGCUUGAGUCUUUUUUCAAGUACUUGGGUCUACUUCAGCUAGACAGCUAUGUUGUCCCUUCGUUAACUGGAAGAACCCUUUGAUGAUUCAAGCCGCGUCAGCUUGAAGAAUGAAAAUGGCAUAGCAAGCAGAUUCAUCCAUUAAUCUUUGAUCUGCCAGAAUUUUUCUUUGAAACCAAAUGGUGUUUUGCUGGUAUCAAGCACUUGAUGUGUCGCACUUGCUUCUUGUUGCAAAAUUCAGGCAGCCCUCAAAUAUGUCUGUGAGGGCAAUGAGAAUAUAAGCUUUAUCUGGUCUCCUCUCCAAGAGGUUGCCCUUAUUUGACACUGUUGUGGCAAUAUGGCUUUCUUUAUCUGUCCCCUGUGGUGGUAGUCACUUUUAAUAACAGUUCAUCUGAUGGUCCAAGGUCAAGAAGGCUGCCAAUGUUCAUCCACUUUGCAAGAUAAAUCAAGUAUCUCACUUCAUCUCUACCUUUUUUUUUUCCUGGCUUACUUUUAGCUUAGUUAUUAUUAGAGAAGUAGAUCCUUCCAGCCAGGUUCAUGUUAGGAGUAUACAAAGAAACCAGUGCCAGUCCUAUUUGUUUUGUCUAAAUAUGGACAACAUGUUGAUAUGCAAGCCAUUUUUGUUUUGGCAGGAUAUACAGUCAUAAGGAAUUUUGGUCAGCUUUGAUCUUGGAUGGAUAGGUGUGGGAGUGCCAUAGCGAUUCACAUCGGUUGCAGGGGAACAAAGUAGAAAAGAAGAAGCACUGUUGAUCAUGUUUCUUCCAAGAAUACUGAUAAGUCAUUAUUGUAUCUGAUUUAGCUUCAUAGGGGAAAAAAAUAAUGGGAUGUGUUUGCUGUGCAACACAGUAGGAAUAAACUGUCAGCCAUCUUCUAUUUGACCAGCAAAAGCAACAACAUCAGUUGCAUUUAGUUUAAACUCUGUUGAUAAUGAUUUUUUUUGACUCGCUGAAGUAGGAAUGUUUCUGAUAUUUCUUUGGGAGAAAAAUUCUCCAUCUGACACCAAGAAUAUAUCUGGGGAGGUUUCGAUCAUUUCCCCUCAUUGGUCAAAAGUCACCGAUGCGUCAACAUGGAGACCAGAGAAUGAAGUCUGCUUACAGAAUUCAAGACCUGUUUUUUGAGGGGUAGCAGAAUGGUUUCCUUAAUUUAUUUCCUGGCGAUCAGAGGUCAUGACAGAAAUGGCCAAAGGGGAAGUCUUAACCCUCUUUAUUUUUGACUGCUUUUUAUGGUUUCGUUUCUGUCAUCAUAGAAGAAAUGUCAGGCAUCAGCUAUUAUGGUGGGAAAUGUUAAUUACAGAUUGAUCCUGAUCUCACAUACCUCUCCAGUUUUCUUCCAACUCUUGAGUCAUCCUGGAAACAGCAGUGACAAAUCCACCAUCUUAACAAUCUCUUCAAUUCCUGGAGCCAAAAAAGCUUUUUUUUUUAAAUGGAAACAGUGGAAAUGGUAUAUUUCUAUAGUUCCACAUUUUAUUUCAAGUGCAUCAUAAAGAGACUCUGCAAAGGGCUGUGUCUCUUUGUCAGUGGGUUUAUUAGAACUCAUAUAUUCAGAUGACAAAAAUUUCAUCACUAGUUUAUUGUGGGGUAUUUUUGGAGGUUAUCCAUAAGAAUUUGUUAAAGCCACAAAAGAUAUGCUAUUUCAGAGGUGUCAGCCAAUUACUAAUCAGAGUUCCUGGCACCUUAUAUUUUUUCACAGAGUAUCUAUAUCUAUAUAUCACAAUUUUAUCUAUUGUCAAGAGAGUUGUAUUAAGAGAAAAAGAGAUGGUUAAGAUCUAUAUUUAUCUUUUCAUCUGUCCAUUUUGAUAGCUAUUUUUUAAACCACAGGAUGGGAGUGAGAGAAGAUUCUUUUAAAGUGAAGUUGGAAAGCAUUUGGCUCUCUAAUUGUUUGUAUGUACCUGUGUACAGAUUUUGAAAUGAAAAGUGUGGAGAAAUGUGGUUUUGAAAUUAUUCCCAGUAGAGUUUGUAAUGGAACGUCAAUAAUGAUGGACCAGGUUCUCUUUAAGAGCAAUUUCCAACUGCGAUGGUUGAAGAUCUCAAGUCUUAGUUCAAACUAUUGAGAAGAUACCCCAGUCUGAAGCCUUUUCCAGGGUGGAGACCUGGGUGUUCCCUAAAGUGUUCCUUGGAAUCCUUGGUAUCGUUCCAGGAAUACUAACAGUUACUGAGCAGUUCCUUAGAAUAUGGAUAAUGAAAGUGGGCUCUAUAAGAGCAGAUAAACACAUUAAUACCAAUAAGAAGGAUUAAAGCAAACGUUUGAUGAGGUGGUCAGGCCAGACUCUGAACCUGGGUAUGAGAAAAUCUAUCAUUGGAGAAUGACUUCACUAAAAUUAGCGAUCACUGGGGUUUAGAUUAGAAUGUCCGAAAAUCUGUGGGUUAAAAUCUUGCAUAUGAAUCAGUCAUGAUGCAAAUAGGCAGCAGGAAAGGGACCCAGUUAAGAAAGCAAAGGAGGAAUGUGCCUGUAUAUCUUUUGGAACUAACAGGCUUACCUCCUCACAAUUUGUACUGUACUCCCAAGUGAUUUUUCUAUGCUCUAGCAGAAGUCUCAUUCAGUAUGUAAAACUUUAAUUAAAUUACCUGGGAAACUGAGUGCAGAGAGAUGAGCUAGGAGCAGGAUUUCACCUUCUAUAUGCCAGCUUGCUUUUAAUUCACUCCCUGCUCCAACUUUUCUGUGGGAUUGGUGUAGAAGUAAGUUUAAAAGAUAUGUUACAAUUAUGCCCACUGGAGCUCUGUUGUAAUUUUGAAGUGAUGGGAUAGAAUCUGAUUUCAUAGGUAAUUAAGCAAGUCUAACUGGAUUUAUUCUGGCGAGAAAGAGAUGAAACUGAGUAGGAGAUUCAAGAUUUAAUCAAUAUUUUAGAUACCGGAUUUGGGAAGGCUUCAAAAACACAUGUUUAUAGCCAGAAAAUAUGGUUUAUUUUUAAUCAUCCUAUUCUGUAGCAUUAAUAAUAAUGAUGAUUAUAUUUUUGUUGCACUUCCACAUUGCCUCCUCCUGGGAGAAAUCUAAGUGCUUUAUCAGAGGUGGUUUACAGUUUUAUUUAAUAAAUUAGGCACUUUGUGUAAACAGCAAUCUGCAAAACAAUCAGGUACAAUUCAUGGGUGUUACCAUUCAAAUCAUGUGUAAAUCAUAUGUAAUUUGUAUAUAAGUAAAUUGUGCUUUAGAGUAAACUGUGAGCACAGCAUGCAUGUGUAUAUUGCAAGCAUAUGUGUGUGUGUGUGUAUGCAGUAUACACACAUACACUAUACAUACAGACAUACAUAUACACACAUGCAUGCUGUACUCAUAUUCAGCAAAACAGAUGGAAAAGAAGACUAUAUUGUGGCUGAGCACAAAGCAUUUAAGCUGAUGUGUAAAAAAAAAUGAACAGUUAUUUUGUGGCACAUUUAUGUAAUGCCACUAGUACAUCAAGAAUAAGUAUUCGUAUUGUAAUGGAUCUGCAGUAUACUUUCAUACAAUAACUUUCAGUUUUAUUUUAGCCUUCCUACAUGCAAGCCAUGGGUAAACCAUCAGUAAAAUUGCAAACAUUGUUUCUUGUAAACUGUAAGUGAAAUGUGGUUAUACUUUGAGUACACCAUAUGCAAACAAUGAAUAAGUUAUGUAAGCCAUUAUUGACCUAUGGUCAAGCCAUGUGGAAGCCGAUGCAAAUGUUUAAACCCUUUGGGGUAUGGUUGCUUUCUUAAGUCAUUGGCUUUCCACAUUAAACCUCUGUUUUUCUCAUGCAGGUGCCAUUGGGCUUGCCCAGUUUUAUUGAGAGCACCCAGCAAAGUAGCUUUACAAGUAUCUUAUCUAGGACCAAUGGCUGCUUUGGCACUCUCUGUCCUGAAGUUUGGUCUUCAGGGUUAAUUGUUUUAAAGUCCUAAUAGGGCUUAGGAGGGUGUGGCUCACAGAGCCAAACAGUAGCACUAUGGUCCUAGGCUUCUUUCCUCACUUCAACUUGUGCAGCUUUCAGAAACUUUGUGCUAGAGUAAGACAAUAUUUUGUAGCCAUAUAUUAUUCCUGACACAAACAACAAAGGUAUCCCUGCUAUGGCAGCAUGUUCAAGGAGUAAUUGCAAAAGGACUAUUAAACAAGAUUGCAAACAUUUUACACACAAACACAGAGAGAAAGAGGGGGGGGGGAGAGAGAAGCACAUAGACACACACAGAGAUAUAUAACAAAUAAAUAUAUAUAUUCAUAAUGCACACACAUAGGUAUAUUUAUAUUCCUUCCAUAAGUAACUCUUCAGGAUUCAUAGGGCUAUGUAUUCCUUUAUCUUCAAAAAAAGGAAAACAGAUAAUUUAGAUAAUUUACUCUGAAAGUGCUUAAUGUCUUUCAAGUAACAUUAAUAAAAAUACUUGUAAGUUGAUAGUAUUCUCACCACAAUAGUUGUGGUUCAAUACUAUCAAAAUCACAAUAUUCUAACCAAUUAAUCUUAAAUGGGGACCUUUCAUGACUUACAUGUUUAAGUCCACCGAAAUCCAUGGGUUUGCUUCCAAAUUUUUUUAUUGAACUGGGUGAAGGCAGUAGAUAUCAGUCCUUUCAUAGCUUCUUCAUGGUGAAAAGAUGAAGUACUUUAAUGAACUGUGUACUGUUUCUGCUUGGGAAAAUAUUAAAUGAGAGAGGGAAGCAGCAGUAUCCUUAAAAUACUCCCCCAAUUUAAGUCAGGAGUUGUCUUUCUAGAUCAGAUGAGCAU